AGCCAGGAAUCAGCAUAUUUUUUUAUGAUAAAUGCAUUAUUAUUUAGUUGGACUGGAACAAGGUUAAGGCAGUCCUGGAUGCUAUGCUGUACGCAAUGAAGGAUAAGGAAGAAUUUAUUGGACUGGAUAAGUUUUACACUCACGCAACCACUUAUCUGAUAGGCUUAGCACCUAAUAUUUCAAACUCAGCGGUUACUUUGUCCUCAUCUUCUAAAAAGUGGUUUGAGUUUUACAUUGCUUUUAUUUGAUUUAUUUGUUUGGGACCAUGUUUCUUAUAAAAUAAUAAUAAUAAUAACAAUAAUAAUAAUAAUAAUAAUAAUAAAUGUACUGAAGAUCCUGAACUAAUCCUCGAAUUCCACACAAAAGAGAAGAACAUUCCAGCGUUUCUGAUGUAAGGGACAAUGUACAGUACUGUAAAAACGAUGCACAAGAGUAAACUCAAAACUUUUUUUUUGUACAAGGUCUCAAAUAUUAGUGCAACAGAAGCUGACAGUGUGACGGUCUUUAUAUGAUAGGUCAAUGUUUAACUAACGUGCAUGUGAAGAAAGUAAAUGAAACUCAAUAACAUGAAAUGAACAGUUGAUAAUGUGGCCAAAUAGGGAAUGCAUUGUUCCAAAGCCAGACAUGACCAGUCAGUUUACUGCCAGACCCAGCAAAGGGUGUUCAAAAUGAGGAAGCCAGCCAGUAUAUAGUACCAGCUGUAGUACAGGGAAGUGCUCAUUUAAUGUCAGCACUGAUGCAGGCAUGACUUUUCUAUAUAUUCCUCACCUAAUACUUGCUGGACUUGUGGGAAUUCACUGUGACAUUAUUACAGUGAGUAAAGUGUCAGUCAAGGCCAGAGGCUCCAUCUCUAUCCCCUGUCUCUAUGAGCCACGCUACAGAGACCGUGUGAAAUACUUGUGUGUAGGAAAGCACUGGCCCUCAUGCAAAAAGGUAGUUAAGACAAACAAGCCACAUGAUUUAGGUAAGUUUUUAAUUUUCGAUGACAAAACACGAAACAUUUUCACAGUGACUGUUAAGGAUCUGACAGAGAUGAACACUGGUUACUGGUGUGCUGUGGAAUUGAAACUGAAAGCUGAUAUCAGAACACGUUUUCAGCUGUCGGUCACCACAGGUGAGCGAGUUCUGUAUGUGGACAGGCAGGAAGUUGAGGCAUUUGAAGACGGAAGUGUUACUGUCAUCUGUCGCUAUAAUGAAGAUCCAAAAGUAACAGGGUGGUGCAGGCUGGGUAACCCCAGCUGUGUGACGGAUCAGACUGGAGCAAUUGAUGGAACAACAGUGACCAUCGAUGCAGGUGUCCCAAAAGUUUUCAAUGUGACCAUGAGUGAGCUGAGGACAGAGAGCAGCGGCUGGUAUUGGUGCACCAAUGGAGACUUUCAGGUCCCAGUGAAAGUAAUUGUUGAUGAGUCAACCUCAACUACUGCAACAGCAUCUACAAUGAUCCCCAGGACAGCAAGUUCACUUCCAGCCACUAUCCAGCAUUCCUCCCUGCUUACCAGUGCAGAGCCACAUACAGCUCAGGCCACAACCUCCACCGUAAAUGGCUCAGGUGAAGAGACUCUGCAAGAUGAACACAGGAGUUCCACUCUAAUGACGAUUCUCAUCCACACCUUCAUCGUACUACUGUUGCUUGUUCCUGCUGCCGUACUGGGAUGGUAUAUGAUAAGACGUGGUAAGACCAAACCUGAGGGCUCUGACAUGACUGUGGUGAGAUAUAGCAAUGACUCUCAAACUGGGGGUGAUCCUGAUGUUUACUACUCAACCAUUGGUCAUAAUCAACAUGUGGCAGCCCAGAAGAAGCAGCACCAGACACCUGAGGACACUGUGAUAUACAGUACCACUGUCAUGAGGGAUAGUGUGCAACAAAUGACUGAACCAGCAGAUGGUAGUGUGAUAUACAGCAACCUACAGUAGCUCCAAAGUAAAAAAAAAAAAAAACUGACUGAACUCAUUCUGAUGUGCAACUUCAUGCACAGUGUCUUUCUGUCAUUCUGAAUAAAUCAAUGUAUCCUGCAGUCUGCACCAGAGAUGUGCUAUCUUGGA